GCUACUUCAUCAUUCUUCUCCAUCCCACCCUCUGCAAAUCUCUGAAAAAAUUAAGUCAAGUCCACACCUUUAUCUCUCUCUCCACUUCUUUCUUAGUCUGAAAGUUGGUAGGAAGGCAAUGGAAGUGGACUACUUAAAUAGCAGCCAAGAAAGCCAAAUGGAGUUGAUGACCAUGAUGAUGGAAAUGGAGAAGCUCACUGAAUUAUCCAACGCUCCUGUUGGACAGCAUAAUUAUCCAUUGAUUCCUCAUCCACCCACCGUAAACAAUGUAGUUGUAUAUGAAGAUCAACAACCGUCAGUGGAUUCAAUGAGAGAAAUGAUAUUCAGAAUGGCAGCUAUGCAGCCUGUAUAUAUUGAUCCUGAGACGGUGAAGCCACCGAAGAGAAAGAACGUAAGAAUAUCUAAGGAUCCGCAGAGUGUUGCAGCGAGGCAUCGGAGGGAAAGGAUCAGUGAACGGAUACGGAUUCUUCAGCGUCUUGUCCCAGGAGGGACAAAAAUGGACACUGCAUCCAUGCUUGAUGAGGCAAUUCACUAUGUCAAGUUCUUGAAGAACCAAGUUCAGUCACUUGAGAGGGCAGCAGCUCACCGGAGUUUGGCAGAGCACACCGGAGCCGGCGGGGAGUUCUCUGUGUCUAAUUAUGGGUAUCAAGACUAUAUGAACCAUAAUCAGAUGAUACUUUAAUUUUAUAACUUGUAGAAUUAGGAUUGUGCUGA